AUGUCGGUCGCGGCUUCACCUAUCAAGAAAAAAAAGCAAAGGAAGUCUAGUGUCGGGACUGUCGAAAAGCUGCGGGGUGCGCUCUUCCAACGCCCACCUCUAAUUGCUGCAGUAAAGAGGCAACUCCGUAUCCGAACGAUCUACGAGAGCAAACUUCUGGAGUAUGAUACGGAGAAGGGGCUCGGAGUUGUAAAACUAGAUUGUGAAGCCGGAACUUAUGUUCGUACUCAUUGCGUCCAUCUUGGUCUCAUGUUAGGAUGUGGUGGUGUAAUGGAAGAGCUAAGGCGAAUCCGCUCCGGAAUUCUAACAGAAGAGGACAACCUCGUAACUAUGCAUGACGUUCUGGACGCCAAAUGGCUUCACGAAAAUCGCAAUGACGAGAAGUAUUUAAGGAGAGUGAUCAUGCCACUGGAAAAGUUACUAAUAGGACACAAGAGAAUAAUGGUCAAGGAUUCAACGGUCAGUGCCCUGUGUUUCGGUGCCAAGCUAAUGCUGCCUGGAGUUCUGCGUUAUGACAACGGCAUCAACGUGAAUGACGAGAUUGUCCUGAUGACCACAAAGGGCGAAGCUAUUGCUCUUGCAAUCGCUCAGAUGACGACGGCUACUAUAGCAACCUGUGACCACGGUCUCGUCGCCAAACUAAAGCGUGUCAUUAUGGAUCGUGACCUUUACCCACGCCAAUGGGGGCUUGGUCCCGUAGCCACCGAGCGCAAAAAGAUGAUCGCUCAAGGCCUUUUGAGCAAAUUCGGCAAGCCUAUUAGCAAUACAACUGCUGAAACUGCAACGUCUGCUGCUUCAAGCAACGAACAUGAAUCGGCUAAAAAGAAACCUAAACAGCAAUUGAACGUUGCCGAAGAGACGGAUGAUUCUGACUCCGAUGAACCUCCACCUUCUCUUUAUACGCCUGAGAAUUCCACUCGUAGCGUUUUCAUUGCUCAACCCCACAUCACACUAGUUCCAUACUUCGAUUUGACCGUGUCUAGAGCUUCCCACGACUACCGGUCGAUUCCUACCUUUUUCCCCGGUGGCGUCUUCUGA